GAAUCACAAUAAAUCAGAGUCACAGUGAUUCUGCUCUGAUCCCAGAGACUCUGUUUUCUUUUUAUGCUCCUGGAGUUUCUUCUUUUUCUGUGGGUUUUCGCCUCAUCUCCAGAGACUGUUGACUCGUCUGUGUGAGUUUGUGGAUUACUGGCAGCCUGGUCGGACAGUGGAUGAGGAAACCUGGAUUAAAAUGGCAGUGAAUCUGAGUAAGAAUGGUCCUGAACUCAUGGCUGCGUAUAAAGAAGUGGUGGACGGCAAGUUGAACACAAACUGGGUGCUGUUUACUUAUGAAGGGAACAGUAAUGAUAUCCGUCUGGCAGAGAAGGGAGAUGGCGGAUUAGAGGAGAUGGUGGAGGAGCUGAACAGUGGGAAGGUGAUGUACGCUUUCUGUCGUGUGCAGGACCCCAACUCUGGUCUGCCCAAAUAUGUCCUCAUAAACUGGACAGGUGAAGGUGUGAAGGACUCUCGGAAAGGAAUAUGUGCCAACCAUGUGAGCUCAAUGGCCGGUUUCCUGAAGGGAGCCCACGUGACCAUCAACGCCCGGGGAGAGGAGGACGUGGAGCCGGAGGCCAUCCUGGAAAAAGUGGCCAAAGCAUCUGGAGCAAAUUUUAAUUUCCACAAACAAACGGAGUACAGAGACGCACCCAGAGGACCUGUGGGUUCAGUGUAUCGGAAAGUCAACGCUGCAGAGGAAAUUCAACAAACCAAGAAGGACGACUUCUGGGUCCAGACUCAGAGGGAUGCAGAGGUCCAUCGACAGGAGGAGAACAAACGAGCAGAGCUGGAGAGACAAAGGUUGGAGAGAGAGAGGAGGGAGAUGGAGGAGAAGCAGGCGAAGGAGAGGGAGAGGAAAGCAAAGGAGAGAGCUCAGCAGAUCGAACAGGAGAAGAUUCAGAGGCAGAGAGAAGAAGAGGACAGACAGAGGGAGGAGCAGCGGCUGAACCAGCAGGAAAAAGAAAAGAAGAAAACAGGCAUCAGCGCUGCUGCAUCUGUACAGAAAGCUAACGAAGCCAAGUCACUGAUUUCUCAGAGAUCGUUUAAUCCAAGAGACAUUUUCAGACAGAGGGAGCAGAGCUUUGAGGCCAACGACAGACAGUCUACUGCUGCGCUCAGGCCUGGGAGGCUGCAGAGUCCGUUUCUAUCUCAGAAAACCUGUGAGGAAGAAACAAAGGUGCAGCCACAGAAUCCACCAGCUCCAGCUGUGGCCCGCCUGUCUCCUGUCACACCUGUCUCACCUGUGCUGUCUCACUCACCUGCUGCACAUGUGUCCCAUUCACCACCAGAGACCACAGGCUCACCUGUUCAGCCUGCAGACACAGCUUUCACAGAAGAAGACGAGUGGUCCGAUGAGUUCGAUGACGAUGCAGAUGAAGGUGCUGCAGAUGAAUUUCAGGAUGAUCUGUAUCAGGCAGAGAACCUGUAUGAAAACAUUUACCACACAGACGAAGAACACGAUGCAGACGCCAACGGGCAGAACAUCUGUGCCAGAGCUCUGUAUGACUACCAGGCUGCCGACGACACUGAGAUCACCUUUGACCCCGACGACAUUAUAACCAACAUAGACAAGGUGGAUGAGGGUUGGUGGAGAGGUUACGGACCUGACGGACACUACGGCAUGUUUCCCGCCAAUUAUGUGGAGAUUCUCUAGCUGUCGUCAGCCUCUUUCCUGUUAAUCACAAAGUUCUGGCACAAACAUUUGUAUAAAACUGAAAACCUCUCAGGUGACAGACAGGAGAUGAUGAAGAUGAUGAAAUAUUUCUCAGAAAUAAACGUGUUUGUUGUGUCUCUGUUCAAAUCUCUCGUUGUUUAACAUCAUGGGAUUGACAGACUGUUGUAAGAGUCCCAAUAAAUAUCUUUAAA